UGUAGUGAAAAUGCGUGUCUGUGCACGUGUAGCGGUGUUGAUUUCUGGUCUGAUCCCGGAUAUAUCCUUAUACACUUGAAGAUAAAGAAAAGAAAGUAGAUUUGCAAUGGCGCGAGGAAGAGCUCAGACAGACUCGGCUGCAUCGAAGCAGACGAAGACUGUCAAUUCAAAGAAAAGACCGAAUGAAGAAACUCCUCAAUCUCUCUCCAAAAAGCUAAAAGCUAAACAACAAGACAAGACCAAACAAAAAAAGGAGACCUAUAUACAAGCAAGUGUGAAAUGGACAGGAGGUCAGAAGAAAGUGGGCCAAACAAGUAUUCUUCACUACAUUUACAAAAGUUCCUUGGGGCAGAGCAUCCAUUCUCAACUGCGCCAGUGUCUGCAAGAGCCUUUCAUACGCUCACUUAAAUCAUACAAACUGCACCGAACUGCCAGUCCCUUUGACCGGAGGGUCACUUGUCUGGAAUGGCAUCCCACACAUCCCACCACCGUUGCAGUGGGAUCAAAGGGUGGAGACAUCAUCUUGUGGGAUUAUGAUGUGCUGAAUAAGACGUCUUUCAUACAGGGGAAGGGAGCAGGUGACUUUAUUGGGGAGAUGAGGUUCUGCCCCAGAGACUCAUCCAAAGUUUUUGUGGCUUCUGGUGAUGGCACAGUCAGCGUGCAGAGUUUUGAGGGACUCCAAAGUCAGAUAUUGUCUCGUACCCCAGACUGUGGCCAUGACCACCAUGAUCUUUGUUACUGGUACUGCUGUGUGGAUGUAUCUGUUAGCCGUCAGAUGCUUGCUACUGGGGACAAUACUGGAAGACUUCUCCUUCUUGGCCUGGAUGGUCAUGAGAUUUUCAAAGAGAAGCUGCACAAAGCCAAAGUGACCCAUGCCGAAUUCAACCCUCGCUGUGAUUGGCUGAUGGCAACAUCCUCUGUUGAUGCUACAGUCAAGCUAUGGGACCUCAGGAAUAUUAAAGACAAAAACAGUUACAUCGCUGAGAUGCCUCAUGAAAAACCAGUGAAUGCUGCAUUCUUCAACCCGACAGACAGCACUAAGUUGCUUACGACAGAUCAGAGGAAUGAGAUCAGGGUAUACAGUUCAUACGACUGGUCUAAACCGGAUCAAAUAAUUAUUCAUCCUCAUCGGCAGUUCCAGCACUUGACACCCAUCAAGGCAACCUGGCAUCCCAUGUAUGACCUCAUUGUGGCUGGCCGUUACCCAGAUGAUCAACUAUUACCCAAUGACAAAAGAACUAUUGACAUUUAUGAUGCCAACAGUGGUGGGCUUGUGCACCAGCUGAGAGACUCCAAUGCUGCUGGUAUCAUAUCUCUCAACAAAUUCAGUCCAACUGGAGAUGUGCUUGCUUCUGGAAUGGGCUUUAACAUUUUGAUCUGGAGCCGAGAGGACACACUGAGCAGUGUUAAUAGGAAACAGACAGCGGUGACAGGAGAGAAUGUUGGAGGUAGAGCUGGAGGUUCCCAGCGCAGAUCCCAGCGCAGCACACAGCAGCCUCCCAACAGAGACAGAAGAGCAGCUGCUGAUGAGGCCAAGCUCAAGAAGAAACUCUCGGCCACAGAAACCAAGUCAAAGACCAAGAGCAAGACCGAAUCCAAAACAUCCAAAGCAAAGAAAAAGUGAGAUAGAAUAUGCUGAGUUUAAAUUUGGUCUCGUUUGUUCUCAUGUCAAUAUAUAAACCAUAAAACACUUGUUGCCUUUUCAUAAAACCUAAAAUAUGUAUGUUCUAUUCAUAAUAAAUGUUUUGUACCUUU